CCUUGACUUAGAGAGAUAAGAGAUAGCCACAGGAAAAGAGGCCAAAGAAUGUAACCUCUCCUAACACUGGCCUCUCCCAGUUUCCUUACUAACCAUAAAAGGUAAAAGUUAGACCCCAGAAAGUAGAGGUAGAACCAAGGGUAUAUAUAUCGAUGAGAAAACCAAUAAAGGGCUUUUGAACCGUCUGCCAUGCUGGUGUCUGCAAGUUCUUAGCCCGAGCAGCCUUGGGGAUUUGGGCUGCCGUGCUGUGUUCUGAACCAGGGCGCCGGGCCUUAACCAUAAGACCACAAGUGGUGCCGUAACCCGGGAAAAAGGAGAAGAAACAAAACCCGGGACUGGGAAUCCCCUGGACAGGACCAGCGGCUGCGGGGGGUCCAGGACUCCACCAAAGCGAGGAGGGACGCCUCCGGACCGCCAGUUUCAUGGAAGCUGUAGCCAGAGUCGUGAGUUAUUUUAAUUUGCACUGGGGAACAAGAUGCGAUUUCAAGCACUUUCAGCUUGCUAUUAAUAGUCUCCAUGAGCUAGGGACGAUAACUCGUCCCAUAGAUAAAUUUAAUUCGGAGAUAUGGAUGAGGUGUAUGAUCGCUUUACCUGAGGGUUUAAAAGCUACAGGCAGUGCAAAAUGCCUUAAAGCAUGGGCUAAAGCAGAAGAAGCUUUAAAAAAGGCUUCAGAACAGCAGGAGGCAUGGGAAGCAGCGAAGACCAUGCUGAUAGCAACCCCAAAAAUCGGGAGCGUAGCUGCGACCCAAUCUGCCCCUGGAAACAGCCCGGAGGGAGGCAGGGGAGCGCGGGAAGCGGGCGUUCCCCGCCCGAACCCGCGCGCGGAUGCGAGCCCGGGACACGACCACCUGGCGCCCCGGGGGGACUCCCCGACCCCUCCGCAGUGCCCGCGGGACUCCCCGACCCCACAGCCCAUCUUGCGGGACCCCUCAAACCCCCCGCGGACCGCGCCCGACCCCAGCUCGCCCGAGGAACGCGCCAAAAUGGCAGCGCCGCCGUCGCACCCACCACCCCCCCCACCGGAAACCGCUGACCGGGGAAAAAUGACGGCGGAACAGCGCGCGCGCUCGUUCUGGGAAAGUUUAACGGCAGAUGCGCGCCGCGCGGAAAGUAUCGCUGCCGCGGCGACCGCCGGCGCCGAGCCGCCGGCGUCCGCGGAGUCCGCCAGCGCCGGUGCGCUAGCGGCAGCCGCGGGAUUCGCCGAAGCCGCGCCGCCGGUGAGCAGGCAGACCGAUGACGACGCGGCGCGGCUACAGCCAGCUCCACCACCGUAUGGCUUUGAAAAUGGCGGCGGGGGGCUAGGAAAGGGGCGGAGCCAGCCGCCCAGCGGCGGGAACGGCCCGGAGCCGAGAAUGAACACUACUGCGCAUGCGCGGGGCGGUGCGGGGGGCAGGAAACGCACGGGGAGCGGGAGCGGCGCCCCUCCCAAGAGGCGGAGCGACACCGCCCAUGGGGGGAGGAGCGGGGCCGCCCCAGAGGGGAGGAGCGAGAGCGACGCCACUCCCGAGGGGAGGUGCGACUCCACCUCCGAGGGGAGGAGUGGGGGCGGAGCCGCAGGAAAACGCGGAGCAAAACGGAAGUGUAUUGGCAUUCAACUUCCGGCUCGGAUACAGUAAGCGGCCAAACCUGCGUUUCCAGUGGAGAGUGCUACCACAAGGCUUGGUGGACAGUCCGACUAUAUGCCAGAUCUCCGUGGACAAAGCGCUGACGCCAGUGCGACACUCC